GCAGUGAUGACCUCCCCACAAGAACAUGUCGCUUGUGAAGUACUUCCUCCACCCAUCCCCAGAGGACGAGAAGAGGAAACACAAGAAGAAACGCCUGGUGUGGAACCCCAACCCUUACUUCAUGGGCGUGAAAUGCAAAAUCACCACCGUCUUUAGCCAGGCACACAUGGCAGCUUUGUGUGUGGGCUGCUCCACUGUCCUUUGCCAGCCUACAGGAGGAAAAGGAAGGCUGAGAGAAGGAUGGUCCUUCAGAUGGAAGCAGCACUAAAAGUGCCCUAAGUCAAAAUGGGUGGGAAGCUAUCCCA